UCAAAUUAGACCACGAAAAAAUACGAAGGAAAGAUGAACUAAAGUUAAAAGCUAUGUCAUAAAUAUUUUUAGUGUUAUAAAUUCAGAAUUACUUUAAUUAUUUGUGAUUACUAAAGACAUAUACAAAAAAUAAUGGACAGCCUUGUGAAUAUCAACUGGAACAAAGUCACGCCAUGUCUAGUUUUAUUAUUCUUAGACUUAGUAUUAGAAUUUUCAGAGUGCACGACACAGGCUGAAGUAAACAAACAUUUAGAACUAGGACGAGAUUUCUUAAGUCGUGGUCAACUUUCAGACGCGCUAACACAUUAUCAUGCAGCUGUUGAGGGGGACCCACACAAUUACCUCACAUACUUUAAAAGAGGCACAGUCUAUUAUGCACUUGGUAAAGCUAAAUUUGCAUUACAAGACUUUAGUAAGGUAUUAGAUCUAAAGCCCGACUUCACGACAGCCAGAGUGCAUAGAGCACAAGUUUACCUCAAAUUAGCUGAAUACAUGCAUGCCAAAGAUGAUUUCCUGCAAGUGACAUAUGAAGACCCGUAUAACUCAGAGGCACUUACAUACUUCCAUCGCACCGAUGAGCUGAGCGAAGAGCUUCGAUUGGCAGAGGCCUAUUAUCGGGGUGGGGACUUUAGGAGUGCAUCCGAACUUGCCACUAGACUGUUAGAAGUGUCUCCAUGGUCCGCAACCCUUAGGCAGCUUCGGGCCGAGUGCUAUAUUGCUAUGAAUGACCUGUUUUCGGCGGUAUCUGACAUUCGGGCAGUGAAUCGUCUACAGCAAGACUCCACUGCUGGCUACAAUCGGUUAGCCUCGCUACUGUAUCAACUGGGACAUGUUAGCGACGCCCUAAAGGAAGUGCGCGAGUGUUUAAAACUGGAUCCAGAACACAAACAAUGCUUUCCCUUGUAUAAAAAGUUGAAGAAAAUAGACAAAUUACUGCUGAAGUGCGAGGAAAGCAGCGAGGCGCGUCAGUAUAGCGAUUGUAUAGACUCUGCUAAGAGUGUGUUGGCUGCUGAAAAGGAAGUCACGCUUGUGGUGUAUGAAGGAAGGAAAUGGUUAUGUUCCUGUCUCGCCAAGGACGAACAGUGGACUGAUGCGUUGAAAGAAUGUAACAGUGCGUUGGAAAUCCAAAAAGAAGGGAGCGUGUUGUGUGAUAAAGGAGAUGCCUUAAUUGGGCUCGACAUGUUUGAUGAUGCGAUACGCUCGUUCAAGGAAGCGUUGGAUAUGAACGAGGGUCUACAACGCGCGAAAGAUGGGAUGGGUCGAGCGCAGAAACUUCAAAAACAAUCCGAACAACGGGACUAUUACAAGAUAUUAAGUGUUAAAAGGUCGGCGACCAAACAGGAGAUCACGAAGGCAUAUCGUAAAGCGGCGCAGAAAUGGCAUCCAGACAACUUCCAAGGGGACGAGAAGAAGGUCGCGGAGAAGAAGUUCAUUGAUAUCGCUGCUGCUAAAGAGGUGUUAACAGACCCCGAAAAGCGGGCUCAAUUCGAUAGCGGGGUGGACCCUUUAGACCCUGAAGGGGGCAGACAACCCUUCGGGAACAACCCCUUCAAUCACUUCCAACAUGGAUCGCCCUUUCAGUUCAAGUUCCACUUCAACUAAGCCAUACUCCGUGAGAUCUACUAAUUCUGCAUCUGAGAUUCAUACUCCAUUAACUCCACUUCAAUAAAAGCUUAUCCUUACAUUUACUCAUUUCAUCAUAAUCGGUUCAGUAGUUUUUGAGAUUUUAUUUCUCAGAGGACAUGUAUAAUCGGUAAAUAAUCUUGGUAUUGAAGUGGGAUAAAAUUUGUUUUUAUAAUUAAUUUAACCAAUAUUUUUCAUUAUUAACAUUUCAUCAAUAAUUUAAAUAUAUAACAUUUUGUGUUAAUGAGUAUAAAUUCUGUUAUAGAAUGCAUGUAUGCGUCCUAGAAAUGGAAUUUGUGAAAAGGGUUGCCAAUAAUAAAUGAACAGUCUUAACUACUGUCUACCAUAUUGUAAAUAUUUCGAAUCAUGUUUUAUACAAGAAUCGAAUUAAUGUCGUUGCAAACAUGUCAACUGUCACCUAAGAUCGCGACUGUCAUUGUCACCGUGACAGUUGACAUUUUUUAAUUCCAUUUACCACUUUUUUUUAAUUAGAUUUUAUUUAAUAAAAUAAUAGAUUGUUUUUUCAGUUUAUUUCCGUUGAGACUUAUUUUUUUUUAAUUUUAUAGACUACACAAUAAUGUACUAUAAUAUUCUAUAACAUAUGUUAUUUUAUAAAUACACUUACUGAAUUUCACCGUGUGAAAAAUUUAAUAUUUUUUAUGGGAAUGAUUUCUUUGCCGUGCUUUAUAAUAACGUGAGUUAAAUUUAAUGUUAAAAGUGUAUUUAUUUAUUGUUUAAACUAUAAUUUCUAAAAUCUAGUCGAAAAAUAAUAAUGUUGGACACGCCCCUAUAUAGUAAAAUUUAUUUAUUCAUCACAUACGCUUAACCAGGUUCCAAAAUAACAAUAUUUCCAAGUACAAGCAUAUCCAAGAUUAAAUAAUAAUCGCUAGAUCUUUGUGUAAUUAAAUUUUAAAUAGGUAUAAUGACAAGUUUUAGACUAAUAACGUAAAAAGAUUUGCAAUAACAAUAAAAAAAACAUCUUUUACGUAAAUAAAAUACAGUUUAUAAUAUAAAGACAAUAUUCUUUGCUGCUAUCUGGGAAUAUAGACUGUGGUCUAUACUCUAUGGGGUGACCCAUGACAUCUAUCUGUGGUUUGUUUUAUAAAUUUAAUAUUCAGAAUAGAAACAAUAUUAAAACCUGUCAGUAUCCCUAUUAUAUAUUAACAAUUUUUUAUAUGGCCAGUCGGAUAUGUCAAGGCACGGAAAUUAAAGAAUAUACAAUGGCCCCACACACAACGCUUUAAAAACAUUGCUUCUUUAUAUUUUAAAAGAUCAAACCUAUUUACACUUUAUGUAAUUUUGUGAAUAUUAAUUAAGAUGGUCUACAGCCAUUUGUACCUAUAUAAUUAUAUAUUUACAAUAAAUGUGCAUAUUUUAGAACUUAGUCUAGCUUAUGGUAUAACUUUUGGGCAUAAGGAGGUUCUCGUGUAUACAAAUUUUAUAAGACGUGAGAUUUGUAAGUUUUAUACAUAUUUGUUUCUUGUAUCACGUUCUUGUUCGGCGAGCUCUAGCACCAAGUUGUUUUAGAUCGCAUAGGAAAGUCAUUAUUUCAGUCAGUUUUAUUUUCAGUACCGUCGGUAGUACUAUCGGUUUCAUACGACCAUAUAUGAGUAGUCCCUUCGAAGUCGUUCUAACAGAUUUUGUGUAAUUACUUUAAUUUACCAAUAAUGGACAACGAUUUACAGUAAUCCCCGGUAUAUUUCUGUAGUGUGAGAUUUAUAAAGAUUUGUUAAGUCCAAAAUUAGUUUUACAUACGUUAGUACUCGUACACGUACAUUGUAUAUUGUGUUCAGAAAAAAAUAAACUCAAUAAAUUUAUUAAAUUCGUGUCCCUAGUUUUAAAAAUUUAAAAAAAAAACAGUUUUACGAGAAUACACCUACGAGGCGAUUUCCUAUAACAGACGUAGGGAGAUUACUGUAUAGUGGUGCGUGUCGUCUGGUUGUCAUUGGUCAUAAUAUGAAGUAUCGUGGCUCAGGUCUUUUGGACAAACUCUCUUGACCAAUCACAAUUAAACGUUUUAUCGGUAGUGUUUCAAUUUUCGUUUAUCUAAACAGUGGGGCCAUAAUAUUAGUUUGUAUUUUUCCUAUACUAUGCCACUCUUAACUCGGAAUGAUAAUGUCCGAACUGUCGACAACAUUGUUUAUUUUGUUGUGAGUCUUAAGUUAUUGUAAAUAUUUAGAAAUAUAAGUGAUUAUGAGAUA